CUUACAUCCUUGACACUAAAUAACUUUAUUCUUAUUAAUUUCAGGGCACAUCAAGUGGCAUGGUGGCGCGCGCGAGUUGGUUCCUCUUUUAGCAACUCUGGAGGCACGACUUACCUCAUUAAUCGUGUCACUCCUCACUCUGCCUUCUCUACUACCACUCGGGACAAUGAUAUUGCCGUGAUAAGGACUACUCUGAGAAUCAUUUACCAAGCUGGCACGAUAGAACCCGCCAGGAUAGUUGGUAGUGCUCAUACCUUUGCCAACAACCAGGCUGUCUUUGCUAUAGGAUGGGGAGCUAUUUCAGCGGCCGAUUCUACACCUUCCGCGCAGCUCCGCCAGUCUCAGAUGUGGAUAGUCAACGCGCAAACUUGCGCCGAGCGGUACAGGGAGGUGAACUUCCUCGUUACUGACAACAUGGUCUGCAUUGGUUGGCUGGACGUUGGAGUUAGGGGACAGUGCCAGGGCGAUGGUGGCAGCCCUAUCGUCGACAACGGCGCAGUGGUUGGAGUGUUCUCGUGGGCCGAGGGCUGCGGCCAGCCCCGAUACCCCGGCAUCAACACUAGGGUUGCUCCUUACUCUCAAUGGAUAGUUUCCACUGCUCUUGCUGCGUAAAUUAUUUAUAAAUACAUUGUUUUUUUCUUUUUUUUUU